AUGAGCGACGACCAAGCCCAAUUCGAGGACCUGCAGCAAACACAGCCGGACGAGCCUACCCAGCCCUCUGAGGUAGAUCCAUCAACUGUCGAGCCCACCGACGAACUCUGGGGGUACCUUCACCCUUGCGCAAGCCACCGACUAAAACGAAUCGACUUCUUCAAAAGUCAACCGGAAGUCAGCAUUGGUCGCAACAAUUCCAAUAUGGUCAUUCUCCCCGGUUUUAAAAUCAGCAACUUCCAUGCUGACCUUAAAUGGAAUCAACAAGACGCGGGCCUCUCAGAGGUCACCAUAAUGGACAAGUCUAGCAACGGGACAUAUGUGUGCAAAGGUCAAAAGAGAAUAUUGAAAGACGGCAACGAGAUCGCAUUCGGAGUGGCUCAUCUCACAACGGAAGAGGAAGGACUAUAUGACUACCGAUACGUCUUCAGAGAUUUUGUCUCCGGAUCAGCCAAACGCGCACUCUACACCUAUUAUGACCUUUCGCACCAACUUGGGAAAGGCUCCUUCGCGACAGUCUAUCGAGCGCUACAUCGCGCGUCGGGUCAGUGGGUCGCAGUAAAGGUGAUUCAUGAGACAAAACGACAAGGCAGUACCGCCGCGGCAAAUAGCAUCACCAUGUUUAGCCGUGAAAUUAAAAUCAUGGAGAAUUUACAACAUCCAAAUAUAUGCAUGUUGCGAGAAGUCUUUUGGAACACAAACGGGAGCAUCGAUCUUGUCCUCGAGCUGGUUGAAGGUGGAGACCUACUUGACUUUAUUUUAGGGCACAAUGGACUCACGGAGCCUAUGUCGCAACACAUCACUUACCAGCUUUGUCAAGCUCUCGCGCAUAUUCAUUCCAAAGGUAUUACUCAUCGCGAUCUCAAGCCAGAGAAUGUCCUUCUCACAAAGGAAAACCCUCCCGUCGUGAAAGUUGCGGACUUUGGUUUGGCUAAGAUUGUCGAUAGCAUGACUAUGCUCCGCACAAUGUGUGGAACUCCGUCAUACCUGGCGCCGGAGGUCGUUACCCAACAGAACCAUAGUGGGUACGACUCGUUGGUCGACAGUUGGAGUGUCGGUGUCAUAGUGUUCUGCAUGCAAGUCCCCUUCGUUUUGUUCCUUAUACGUGCUUACCCAGACAUAAGGAUUACCAAUACGACACCUUUCAUCGAAAACUCCGUCGGUGAUUUGCGCACCAAGAUCGCCGAGAGGACUAUUGACUGGACACAACUGGACAACCAAUGCUGGACAGACCACAACGAGAAUACGGUCUAUCUCUCUGUGCUAGCAAAAGACUUUAUUAGGCAGCUCCUCGAGUUUGACCCACAGGAUCGAUUACAGCUUAGUGAUGCGCUUCGUCAUCCAUGGUUCCACGGCUUCCGGUUCUACUACGCAGACAAAAUUAAAUAUCCUCCGUCGGACGAACCAGACAUGACGAACCAGACUUCCUCUGGAGGACUCUCGCGAGAUGUGUCGAUGCAAAGUGUCACGACUACUUUCAGUUUCAGUGGGCAUAGCGAAACUGAUUCGGUCAGCCAAGGUCUACAAGACCUCAGACUAUUCACCCAACGCGCUAUUAAUCGCUCGGAGCCAGAGAAGGAGGCCAAUGGUUUCCACGAUCAUGUUCUGAACAGCAAUGGCAACACACCCCCUCCUACCGAUACACCUCUACCAACGCUUCAUAAAAACGGACUCAAUCGACGCAGCGACGUUCUCCGACACGCAAAGGUCGUGGGCUCACAGCUCCUUGAGCCAUCAUGGGAAAUGGUGGAAUUUGCAAAUUCACAAUCAUCUCAGAAUGGGCACGGUGCACCUUCCAAGACACCUUCAUUAACGGCCACGGGGAAAGCCGCCGCCAGCACUUCAAAGACUCCACGGCCUUCGAGCUCGAAUGGCAAGGGCCCGAACAAGCGAGUUCACUCAGAGUUGACGCCGUUACCAGAGGAAAGCGGAUUAACGAACGGGUAUACGGCAAAUAGCAGCCCACUGAGUAGCCCUGGUCCUGACUCCGACGAUGAAGAAGUAGUGCAGCAGCCAGUCAAAAAGCGUGGACGUGGUAGCUCUGGUGCAACUCCGACUAUUGCAAGAACCAAACGAGGCUCUGCAAAGCCCGCGAGUUCCCGCAAAGGAAAGGGUAGCGCAGGUGAAGAGACACCGUUGAGGCGGUCCACUCGCUCGACGGUGGCGAGCAAGCGAUGA